GUCUCGCUCUUAUCACCCAGGCUGGAGUGCAAUGAAACGAUCUUGGCUCACUGUAACCUCUGUCUCCCGGGUUCAAGCGAUUCUCUUGCCUCAGCCUUCCGAGUAGCUGGAACUACAGGCACGCACCACCACGCUCGGCUAAUUUUUGUAUUUUUAGUAGAGAUGGGGUUUCACCAUGUUGGCCAGGGUGGUCUCGAACUCCUGACCUCAGGUGAUCCGCCCGCCUCGGCCUCCCAAAGUGCUGAGAUUACAGGCGUGAGCUACUGCGUCCGGCCUUGACCUGGGUUUUGAAAGAAGAGUGGGAGAUGGCCAGAUAAACAAGAAAAAGGGAAGAGUAGGAAGGGGCAUUCCAGGUAGAGGCAAUAGAGGCAACCUCGAAUGCCAAAGUUCCCAGGCAACUGUUGCAACCAAGGCAAUGUCUUACUACCUCAGCUCAGAAAACCACCUGGACCCAGGGCCCAUCUACAUGCGAGAAAAUGGGCAGCUGCACAUGGUCAAUCUGGCUCUGGAUGGUGUCAGGAGUAGCCUGCAGAAGCCAAGGCCUUUCAGACUGUUCCCCAAAGGCUUUUCCGUGGAGCUUUGCAUGAACAGGGAAGACGACACUGCACAGAAAGAGAAGACUGAUCAUUUCAUCUUCACAUACACCCGGGAGGGGAAUCUUCGGUACUCCGCCAAAUCCCUCUUCAGCCUUGUCCUGGGUUUCAUCUCCGACAAUGUGGAUCACAUUGAUUCCCUUAUUGGCUUUCCUGAGCAGAUUGCCGAAAAGCUGUUCUCUGCUGCUGAAGCCAGACAGAAAUUCACUGAGCCAGGUGCAGGGCUGAGGGCUUUACAGAAAUUCACUGAGGCCUAUGGAAGUUUGGUGCUUUGCUCCCUGUGUUUGCGAAACAGGUAUCUGGUGAUUUCAGAAAAACUUGAGGAGAUUAAGUCUUUCCGGGAGCUGACCUGCCUGGAUCUUUCGUGUUGCAAGCUUGGAGAUGAGCAUGAACUUCUAGAACAUCUCACCAAUGAAGCCCUGUCUAGUGUAACUCAGCUCCACCUGAAGGAUAAUUGUUUAUCUGAUGCUGGGGUACGGAAGAUGACAGCACCAGUUCGAGUGAUGAAAAGAGGCCUUGAGAAUCUAACAUUAUUAGACUUAUCAUGUAACCCUGAGAUCACAGAUGCAGGCAUUGGAUACCUCUUUUCUUUUAGGAAACUAAACUGCUUAGAUAUCUCUGGGACAGGGCUCAAGGACAUCAAAACCGUCAAGCACAAGCUCCAGACCCACAUAGGCCUUGUUCACUCCAAAGUGCCUUUGAAGGAAUUUGAUCAUAGUAACUGCAAGACAGAGGGCUGGGCUGACCAGAUCGUUCUGCAGUGGGAGCGUGUGACUGCGGAAGCUGUGAAGCCACGGGAAACCUCGGAGCCUAGAGCAGCAGCUCAGCGCUUCUAUGGAAAGCGGUCUCGAGCAGAAGCCCCACUGAAGUGUCCCCUGGCAGACACCCACAUGAACUCCUCCGAGAAACUCCAGUUCUAUAAAGAGAAAGCCCCAGAUUGCCAUGGGCCAGUGUUGAAACACGAAGCUAUCUCAAGCCAGGAGUCAAAGAAGAGCAAGAAGAGACCUUUUGAGGAGUCAGAGACAGAACAGAAUAACUCUUCACAACCUUCAAAGCAGAAAUAUGUAUGUCUUGCUGUGGAAGACUGGGACUUGUUAAAUUCCUAUUGAUUAGUAGAUACAAGUUGACCUUUCUCUGGCCCCCAGCUCUAGUGUUUGAGUAAAGGAGACUGAGGUUGAUUUACUUUUUGUUUGAAUUUACCUAUGGCAUUAGCAUAGUAAGCAGAUAUUUCUACUUUUGUGGUGUGGGAGGGGAAUGCUAUGGAAGUAUGUAAUAAUUUCUAAUGUAUAUUUUCAAUACAUAGUAAUUUUUUCAAAUAAACAUUUUUGCUGUCCUUAA